UCCACCCCUACCACUAGCAGCGCCAGACCCUCUUCUUAACCAAUAAGAAACGUGGGUUUCGGUGACGCAGUGACCCCUAUAUAAAUACCCGGUGCGAGUUUUCGGUCUUCUUUGCUUUUCUGUCCCCGAAGAGAGAGAAAUGGCCGCCAACAAGGAACGCACUUUUAUUGCCAUCAAGCCUGAUGGAGUCCAGCGCGGCCUCAUGGGGGACAUCAUUAAGCGCUUUGAGCAGAAGGGGUUCCGCUUGGUUGCCAUGAAAUUCCUGCAGGCUUCUCAGGAUUUACUCAGGCAGCACUACAUUGAUCUGAAGGAUCGUCCAUUUUACCCCGGGCUGGUGGAAUACAUGAACUCUGGGCCCGUCCUUGCUAUGGUCUGGGAGGGACUGAAUGUGGUAAAAACUGGCCGUGUGAUGCUGGGUGAAACCAACCCCGCUGACUCCAAGCCUGGCACCAUCAGGGGAGACUUGUGUAUACAGGUCGGCAGGAACAUCAUUCAUGGCAGUGACUCGGUGGAUAGUGCCAAUAAAGAAAUCGCCUUAUGGUUUAAAGACGAGGAGCUGGUGGAGUAUAAAAGCUGUGCGUAUGAGUGGGUGUAUGAGAACUAAGUGCCCCUUUCCUCUUCACCUUCAUUCCGUUACCUCUUUAUACCAAUAAAGUGUUACAUCCCA